CGGGAGGCGGCGGCCCCUGCCCGCCCCUCGGGUUUUCCUGCGCCCCGGGGUUGCGCAGGCCCAGGUGAGGCACCUGCGAGUCUGACGUUCCUGGAGGCGUGGGGGACGUGGACAGCUUGUGCCCCGCUUCCCGCGUUCCCAUUGGGAAGCCCCGUGGCCACUGGCCGCACCCGCGAUGAGAUCUCUGAUCAAAGGUUUGCGUGAGUUCACCUGCGCGCAGUUCUGAGCCAGCUCAUGGUUGGUAGUUCAGAGAGAGAAAAAUUUGAGACAGGAUGGAUGCAAAAGCUCGGAAUUGUUUAUUGCAACAUAGAGAAGCUCUGGAAAAAGACAUCAAGACAUCCUGCAUCAUAGAUCACAUGGUUAGUGAUGGAGUUUUGACAUUACUGGAGGAAGAAAAAGUGAAAAAUGAGCGUACUCAACGUCAACGAGCAGCUAUGCUAAUUAAAAUGAUACUUAAGAAAGAUAAUAAUUCCUACAUAUCAUUCUACAACGCUCUGCUUUAUGAAGGAUAUAAAGAUCUUGCGGCCCUUCUCCAUGGUGGCAUUCCUGUUGUCUCUUGUUCCAGUGGCAAAGAUUCAGUUGGUGGAAUAACUUCAUAUGUAAGGACAGUGCUGCGUGAAGGUGGAGUACCACAGAGACCAGUUGUUUUUGUUACCAGGAGGAAGCUGGUAAAUGCAAUUCAGCAGAAGCUCUUGAAGUUGAAUGGUGAACCAGGUUGGGUCACCAUAUAUGGAAUGGCAGGGAGUGGGAAGUCUGUAUUAGCUGCAGAAGCUGUUCGAGAUCAUUCCUUCUUAGAAGGUUGUUUCCCGGGAGGUGUGCACUGGGUUUCAGUUGGGCAACAGGACAAAGCUAAGCUUCUGAUGAAACUGCAGAACCUCUGCUCACGAUUGGAUCAGGAUGAGAGUUUCUUCCAGAGGCUCCCACUUAACAUUGAAGAGGCCAAAGACCGCCUCCGCAUUCUGAUGCUGCACAGACACCCACGGUCUUUGUUGAUCUUGGAUGAUGUUUGGGAUCCUUGGGUGUUAAAAGCUUUUGACAAUCAAUGUCAGAUUCUUCUUACAACCAGAGAUAAGAGUGUUACAGAUUCAGUAAUGGGUCCUAAAUAUGUAGUCCCUGUGGAGAGUAGCCUAGGAAAAGAAAAAGGACUUGAAAUUUUAUCUCUAUUUGUUAAUAUGAAGAAAACAGAUUUGCCAGAACAAGCUCAUAGUAUUAUAAAAGAAUGUAAAGGUUCUCCUCUUGUAGUGUCUUUAAUUGGUGCACUUUUACGUGAUUUUCCCAACCGCUGGGAGUACUACCUCAGGCAGCUUCAGAAUAAGCAAUUUAAGAGAAUAAGGAAAUCUUCAUCUUAUGAUUAUGAAGCUCUGGAUGAAGCCAUGUCCAUAAGCGUUGAUGUACUCAGAGAAGACAUCAGAGAUUAUUACACAGAUCUUUCCGUCUUUCAGAAAGAUGUUAAGGUUCCUACAAAGGUGUUAUGUAUUCUCUGGGACAUGGAAACUGAAGAAGUUGAAGACAUACUGCAGGAAUUUGUUAAUAAGUCUCUCUUAUUUUGUGAUCGGAAUGGAAAAUCAUUUUCUUAUUAUUUACACGAUCUCCAGGUAGAUUUUCUUACAGAGAAGAAUCGCAGCCAGCUUCAGGAUCUACAUAAAAAGGUGGUCACUCAGUUCCAGAGGUAUCACCAGCUAUACACUCUCUCCCCUGAUCAGGAGGACUGCAUGUAUUGGUACAACUUUCUGGCCUACCACAUGGCCAGUGCGAAUAUGCACAAAGAACUUUGUGCUUUAAUGUUUUCCCUGGAUUGGAUUAAAGCAAAAACAGAACUUGUUGGCCCUGCUCAUCUGAUUCAUGAAUUUGUGGAAUAUAGGCAUAUAUUGGAUGAAAAGGAUUGUACAGUUUGUGAAAAUUUUCAGGAGUUUUUAUCUUUAAAUGGACACCUUCUUGGACGACAGCCAUUUCCUAAUAUUGUACAAUUGGGUCUCUGUGAACCGGAAACUUCAGAAGUUUAUCAGCAAGCUAAGCUGCAGGCCAAGCGAGAGGUCGAUAACGGAAUGCUUUACCUGGAGUGGAUAAACAAAAAAAACAUCAAGAAUCUCUCCCGCUUAGUUGUCCGCCCCCAUACAGAUGCUGUUUACCACGCCUGCUUUUCUGCGGAUGGUCAGAGAAUAGCAUCUUGUGGAGCUGACAAAACCUUGCAGGUGUUCAAAGCUGAAACAGGAGAGAAACUUCUAGAAAUCAAGGCUCAUGAAGAUGAAGUACUUUGUUGUACAUUCUCUACAGAUGAAAAUUUUAUAGCAACCUGCUCAGUGGAUAGGAAAGUGAAGAUUUGGAAUUCUGUGACUGGGGAACUAGUACGUACUUAUGAUGAGCACUCAGAGCAAGUCAACUGCUGCUGUUUCACCAACCACAGUCAGUACCUUCUCUUGGCCACUGGGUCAAGUGACUUCUUCCUCAAACUUUGGGAUUUGAAUCAAAGCGUAUGCCGAAAUACGAUGUUUGGUCAUACAAAUUCAGUCAAUCAUUGCAGAUUUUCACCAGAUGAUAAAUUUUUGUCUAGUUGUUCAGCUGAUGGAACAUUAAAGCUUUGGGAUGUGGAAUCAGCAAAUGAGAUGAAAAGCAUCAAUGUGAAGAAAUUCUUCCUAACUUCAGAGGACCCGCAAGAGGAUAUGGAAGUCAUAGUGAAAUGUUGUUCGUGGUCUGCUGAUGGUGCUAGGAUAAUGGUGGCAGCAAAAAAUAAGAUCCUUGUUUUUGAUAUUAAUACCAGUGACCUAUUGGCAGAAAUCCAAACAGGCCGUAACAGCACUAUCCAGUAUUGUGACUUUUCCCCGCAUAAUCAUUUGGCAGUGGUGGCUUUGUCUCAAUACUGUGUGGAGUUGUGGAAUAUGGACUCACGUUUAAAGGUAGCUGAUUGCCGAGGACAUUUAAGUUGGGUUCAUGGUGUGAUGUUUUCUCCUGAUGGAUCAUCAUUUUUGACAUCUUCUGAUGACCAGACUAUCAGGGUCUGGGAGACUAAGAAGGUAUGUAAGAACUCUGCAAUAGUAUUAAAACAAGAAGUAGAUGUUGUUUUUCAAGAAAGUGAAGUGAUGGUCCUUGCGGUUGAUGAUGUAAGACGUCUACAACUCAUUAAUGGAAAAACAGGUCAGAUUGAUUACCUGACUGAAGCUCAAGUUAGCUGCUGUUGCCUAAGUCCACAUCUUCAGUACAUUGCAUUUGGAGAUGAAGAUGGAACCAUUGAGAUUUUAGAACUUCUAAACAACAGAAUCUUCCAGUCCAGGAUUGGGCACAAGAAAACUGUACGGCACAUUCAGUUCACAGCUGAUGGGAAGACUCUGAUUUCAAGUUCUGAUGAUUCUGCAAUUCAGGUAUGGAAUUGGCAGACAGAUGAAUAUGUCUUCCUUCAAGCCCAUCAGGAAACUGUGACAGAUUUUAGGCUCUUGAAAAAUUCAAGACUACUUUCUUGGUCAUUUGAUGGAACAGUUAAGGUAUGGAAUAUUAUUACUGGAAGAAUAGAAAAAGACUUUGCCUGUCACCAGGCUACUGUACUUUCUUGUGAUAUUUCUCCUGAUGCUACCAAGUUUUCAUCUACCUCAGCUGAUAAGACUGCAAAGAUUUGGACUUUUGAACUCCUUUCCCCUCUUCAUGAGUUGAGGGGCCACAAUGGCUGCGUCCGCUGUUCUGCCUUUUCUGUGGACAGUUCCCUGCUGGCGACAGGAGAUGACAACGGAGAGAUCAGGGUAUGGAAUGUCUCCAAUGGAGAGCUGCUUCAUCUGUUUGCGCCCAUUUCGGUAGAAGAGGGAGCUGCCACCCACGGAGGCUGGGUGACUGAUCUUUGCUUUUCUCCAGAUAGCAAAAUGCUUGUCUCUGCUGGAGGAUAUCUUAAGUGGUGGAAUGUUGUCACUGGGGAAUCCUUACAGACCUUCUACACAAAUGGAACCAAUCUUAAGAAAAUCCAUGUGUCGCAUGACUUCAAAACAUAUGUGACUGUUGACAAUCUUGGUAUUUUAUAUAUUUUACAGGUUUUAGAGUAAAAUAGCUAAGUAUUAAUGUAAGUUGAACUCUAAUUUUGAGUUAGAAAAAAAUUGGAAUGAAACUCCAUAUAUCAACUUUUUACAAAGCUGUGAAUUGUUUUACAGUGUUCAUUUAUUACAAAAGUGUUUGUGGCUUUAUGAAUAAUAUUAAUGUACUUUUUCCCAAAUGGACACCUUUAAUUUUGUUUUUCAUAAUCAUUAUCAUUAAGUUUGUCCUGGAGAUGCAAAUGAAAAUGCAAAUACAUACCUUGUUAUAUACUGUUGGUAAAAUUCUCUCUUGAUGCACUUAAAUUGGUUGACAUAAUUAGUGAGAAUAAUUUGAAGGCAAUCUAUAGUCUAAUACUGUUAUUAUACAGGCUGUGCCUCAGGGAUGCCGUGGCCUGCUUUCUGAACACACAUACCUCACUCAUGUGGGGUCUACUUCUCCCAAAUACAAUUUUGGAGCUUGUUUGCACUCUUUCAAUUUGCUUUAAGAAUAUUGUGUCUUUGUGCACAAUUUGCUACAUUUCCUUUAAUUAACUCAAUAAAUGAGUCUUAGAUUUAAACAAUUCUUUAUGUGAAGCAAAAGUUAAGUGUUGGAGAGAGUCAGUUCCAUUGGUCUACCUUUUUCUCACUGGCUGAUGUCAGUCCUGUGCCCUCUCUGGGCCCCAUCCUGUUCUCUCUGUUGUUUUACAUACCAGAUUUCUUACCCGAUUGACUUGACCUUUUCUAAUCCUUUUUUUUUUUAAAGCAGUUGCAUGAUAGUUAAAUGUUAGUAAAUAAAAAUGUUAUGGGGGGAAUAGGGAGGGCCAAUUUUAACCAUAAGUUUUAAUAAUAUUUUUAUAAAAAUGUGAAAUAGUAAAAGAUAACUUUCUUCUAAUUCUAUUUACUUUAGAUGGACGGCAUUGUCAUCGCUGUUCUUAGUGAAUUUCCAGAGAAUUCUCGGGUUUCUGAGCAGCUGCAGAGGGUCACUGCGACCCUGGAGGAUGUCACCCUUAACCUUCCAACCAGCUUGUCCCCCUUCUCUUUCCCUUCCUUCCUUGACUUUUCUCCCUUUUGGCUUCCCUUUCUCUUCCCCAUUCCCUCCAGGGUUAAUCAGGAAAGAUACCUUUUGACAGGAAAAAAACUUACGAGAUAAGGAACUUUAAUUGAAAUUUGAAUCUAAACAUUUCACCUGCAAUAUAUUAUUAAGGGCAAUGGAGAUAAAAUAAUAAUAGAUGUGGUUUCCAUAAAUAACCAAAAUGCAGAGAUUUUUGUUAUUCUAUUUACAAUAAGAACUCAUAAAUCAAAUACAUAUUAGCACUGUUUUUGUUGGUGGUACUUACUAGUAAUUGGGGAAUGGACCACUAGGCUAUAUUUUUUUUUUUAGUUUACCUGAUGUAUUUGACUAGAUAUUCCUAUGUAGAUUUCCUGUGUAGCAUUGAGGGAACCAUAAAUACAGUGAAUAAAAUGUUUUACAUUGUUAAUUUUUUUUUGUUUAAUUUUUAAGUGCUAACUUAAGAAGCUAGGUUAUAGGCCUUACUGUGAUUUAAGCAAGUGUGAUCAGUGAAAAUCUUAAUUUUAUAGAAUAUUUCUGUAAAUAGUUAUGUUUUGCCUAGAAUAUUCCAAUUAUACUUUAAUUUGUUUACAUUGUUUAGGUGCGUAUCUGUAGCUCAGAAUAUUAAAUAUUGACUUUUGGAAUUAAAAGCUAAGCACUGGUUAAAGUAUAACAUACAUGAGCUUUUAAAAAGUCUUGAUUGGCCCUUGCCUUAAAAAGAAGUUGGAAAGAAAAAUGGGAUGAAAAACAAGAUAACACAAGGAAAGAAGAAAUACUUAAUAUGAUGUAGUUGCAAGUUUCAUGGAAGCUCAUGGGAUCUGCCAAGAAGUGGAUUUUGUUUUGUGGCAUUUUCCUUACUUUAUUUUUUCUUAAGAGAAAUUACAUUGGAUUUUUUUACAUUUAUGUGUCUUGUAUGUUUUGGAAACUGUUGGUUUUGUAUUUCAUGUAAAACUUACCUGAUUUGUUUUUGCCUUCAUAUAUAUUUUAAG